AUGGACUACUCCCGACUACGCGCCGCGGCGCUUCGAGACGGCGAAGAUGAAGAGGCCGUCACGGUCGACACCCGAGCCCUGAUCGACAAGGUUCUCGCCCGCUACUCCGGGGAGUGGACAACGCUGCGGGAGCUCAUCCAGAACGCCGCCGACGCCCAGGCCACGACCGUCUCGGUCAAGUGGGAGACGCUGCCGUCGACCCAGGUGCCCAUGCCUAGUACCACGAGCCGAUCCGAGCUGCUCAAGCACGUGAUAUCUCACCACACCGUGUGCCGUCUCGUCGUCCAGAACGACGGCCAGCCCUUUACCAAGACGGACUGGGGCCGCCUCAAGAGGAUCGCCGAAGGUAACCCGGACGAGACCAAGAUUGGUGCCUUCGGCGUCGGCUUCUACAGCGUCUUUGCCGACUGCGAGGAGCCCUUCGUCAGCUCCGGCGACGAGGCAAUGGCCUUCUACUGGAAGGGCAACGCCCUCUUCACCAAGAAGUCGCACAUCCCCAAGGACCAGGCCACCCACCACACCACCUUUGUCCUGGACAACCGCAGCGCUACGACGCCCUUGCCCAACCUACUGUCCGUCAGCCAGUUCCUGGCCACCAGCUUGACGUUUGUGGCGCUGCAGAGAAUCGAGUUCUGGAUCGACGACUACCAAAUCUUGUCCCUCAAGAAGAAGACGUCCCCUAGUGCCGAGCUGCACCUCCCUCGGGACCUGGAGGCCAGGACAAAGGAGGGCAUCAUGAAGGUCAUCGCCGCCGGUCGGACCAGCACCCAGAUUGAUGCAUCCUUUGUGAAUGCCAUAGGCUGGAAGCCCCAGACGGUCAACGUUGCGGCCAAGACUCCCGAGGCGGCUUCGUCAACCGAACCGUCCUCGCUACGGUCCUUCUUCGCUCGCCUCACCACCGCCACCUCCCAGUCGGCGUCCAAGACCAAGGCCCAGAAUGAGGAGCGUACGGCACAGACGACCAUUGCCGAGGACGUCACGAAGAUGAACACUUCCACCAUCUUCCUCCAGGCCACCACGGCCGAGAUCCGGACCAAUGUGACGUCGUCUUUUGCUUCUGAGCUGGAGCGCGCCACCAAGAAGCCACCGCCCAAGAGCACCAAGAUAUCCAUCCUCACCUCCUCGUACGACGGAACGAAUCUGUCCGGCCCUACCGGGCCUGGUACGGCAAUCUCCAAGGCCACAGAUGUAUUCGCCUCCGUCCUCCCCAGCAAGAAGCCUGGCGGUCGUGUCUUCAUCGGCUUCCCUACCAUGCAGACUACGGGGGCUGGCAUGCACAUAUCGGCCCCCUCGACGAUUCCGACUGUGGAGAGAGAGGCCAUCGACCUCAAUGCGCGGUGGGUCAGGACGUGGAACGUCGAGCUGCUUCGCGCCGCUGGCAUCGUCGCUCGUCUCGCCUUUGCCAACGAGAUGAACGAUCUGAACGUGGAGAUCAAGCGCAGCCUGGACAAGCACGGAAAGUUCUCGGACGAGAACGUCAAGAAGUUUAUGCCCAUGGCAUCGCAUAUCCUGAAGACUUUCUACUUUGGUGACUCGACGCCCAGCGGUCAGGUGGGACAGAUCAUCGAGGAGGCAUUCUGGACCUGCUUCAAGAAGGCGUCCAUCGAGGUCUACUCGUCACAAGGCGUUCUGCAGACAUCCCAGGUCCGGCUGGAGUCGUCCGAGCUCACCGGCUUCAUCGACAGCAUACCUGUUCUCCCCAAGGAGAUGAUCCAGGACCCGUUUGUCCGGAAGCUGAUCGACUUUGGCCUCAUCUCCGACAUCACCGUCACCGACAUCAAGAGAGAGCUGGAGGCUAAGUCACUCAACAAGGACCAGCUCAUCCAGUUCAUCAGCUGGGCGGGAAAGAAGAGCCUCACGGGCGAGCUCGACUCCGGAAGCAGGACGUCACUCCUGGAGGUCGCAGUCGGCACCGUCGAUGAAGACAAGGGCGAGAUCAUCACGCUCGGUAGCAUCGCUAACUACCUGGUCAGCAACAAGAUCCCCGCACACCUGCCCGUGCCGCCUACCACUAUCCCCUUUGCCUUCACCAUCAACUCGACGGCGGCAGAGCUGCAGUUUCUGGGUUGGGAGCCGCUCGAGAUCGUUCCCUGGUUGCGGUUCCUGCUCGAGAGCAACUCGUACAGGCCGGAAGAGGAGAGCAUGACCAAGUCACCCAAGUUCGCUAUCCAGAUCCUCACCGUCUUAUCCAAGAACUGGGACACCAUCAACGCCAACGCACGACGUGUAGUCGCGGAACUCCUGGAAAAGCAGCCAGUCAUGCCGACAAAGACGGGGAUGAAGAGGCCGGGAGAGGCCUUCUUCCCCUCCGUGAAGCUCUUUGAUGACCUCCCUACCAUCGAAGGCUGCGAGAAGGUCAAGGAGAAGUUCUUGGCUGCCAUCGGCGUCCGCAAGACUCUCGACCUGGAGACCAUCUUCACCCGACUCCUCAGCCCCUCGUCGUCCGAGAAGAGCCAGCAGAAGUGGAGUCACGUCGAGCUCAUCAAGUACCUGGCUUCGGUCCAGAACGACAUCCCCAAGGCUGAUUUCGACAAGCUCCGCAACUCGGCCAUCUGCCCGGCAGAGGCCGGCCCCAAGGGCUUGGAGCCUACAAAGGGGACGGAAAAGCUGUACAGGGUGUCCGAUCUGUUCGAGCCCAAGGAUACCCUGAGAACACUCCAGCUGCCCAUCAUCCAGUGGCCAGGACCGCCCGGGAGUUUCCGUCCCAGCAGCCCGGAAGCCCGUUUCCUGACCGUCCUCGGUCUGCGGCCGCACCCUUCCGCCCCCGAGCUUGUAGAGAUGAUGUCGUCCAAGGAUGGUGCGCUGCGGACGUCGGCCAUGACGUACUUCAUCGCCAACCACCACAGCAACCGCUACGGCGCAUUCGACCUCUCCACCUGCCGCAAGGCCAUUAUGCCCUUGCAGGGCAGCACGCAGCUCGUUCAGCCCUCGGCGUGCUUCACGAACGAGAGAGCCUCUGCGCUUGGUUUCCAGAUCUUGAGAAAGGACCUACACGACCACGCUACGAAAUUCGGCGUCCCUCGCGAUCCGCCGAUGAAUGAGUGUGUCAACCGACUACUGGCCAACCCGCCGCAGAGCUACGGGGAGGCCGUAUCCCUGUUCGGGUACUUUGCCCCACGGAUCGGUGAGCUCGGAGGAGUCAAGGCCAAGCUUGCCAAUGCCGCAAUCGUUCCCGUGACUCGAUCUUCACUCUCUCGGGAGGGCGAGAAGACCGGGACGGCGGUAUCGCACAUCAGUCCGUCACGGACCUACCUCGGCUCAUCCCUGACGUAUGGCGACAUCUUCGACUUUGUCGACUUUGGUCAGGAUGCGAAUGCCUUCCUCUUCACCUGCGGAGCCAAGAACGAGCCUACCAAGCUGGAGGUGGCGCACAUGGCAUGCAAGGAGCCCGCGAGGCUCCUGAGCGUCCUCCAGAGCCCCGAGAAAUACCUCGGGCUUCUCAAGUCACUCGCCGAAGAGUCCGCCGCCCUGCAUCGCGACAAGGAUCUCUGGCGCAAGAUGAAGACGUCGGGCUUCCUCCUCGCCUACAAGGAACUCGCAGCACCUUCCAAGGACGAGUCGCUGAUUGACCUGGACGAGGACGAGGAGGCCGCGCCCGUGAGGCAGUACCAGCUGGCUCCCGCCGGCAGCAUCGUAGUCGUGGACGACAUCAUCAGCUUCCGGCUGUUCAAAGACCACCUCUUGUGCGCGCCGGAAGACGACACGCUCGAGAAGUUCUACCUCUCCCUGGGCGCCCAGAAGCUGGGCAGCAUCGUGCAGGAGGACGUGCGGAUCGGGCCGCAGACCGGCAGAGGUAAGAAGGCCGACUCUCUGCGAAAGCAUGUCAUCGAGCGGUCCAAGAUCUUCCUCUACGAGUACGCCAACUACCGCCGGGACUCCGUCAAGCACGAUAGCAAAUGGCUCGAGAAGAAUCUGCAGGUGGAGAUGGUGACCUCGGUGGCCCUGCGCCGCACUCUGCAGGGCCAGCGUCAGAGCCACGUCGAGAAGCGUACCGCGGCCAGCGCCCAAGCAUCCGGGGCCUGGGUCCUCUACGUUGCCGAUGCUGGACAGCCGGACAUGUAUCAGGUCGGGCAGGCUCUGUGCCAGAUGCUCCUGGAUCGCCCGAACCAGCAGGCGUACCUGUUCUUCGAGCCGUUCCUGACGCUCGAUCUGUACGGUCUCAGGUCCCGCGGCUACAAUGUCGACCGCAUCCUCCGAGCCAAGGCUGCCGAGGCCAGGAUCGCCGAGGACGCGAGGCGCAAGGCGCUCGAAGAGGAGCAGAGCAAGAUGAAGGAGCGGGAGAGGCUCUGGGCCCAGCAGGCAGCUGCGGCUGGUACGACUCCCGAAUCGCCCGCCGCCACUGCUGCCGCCGCCGGGCGCUCAUCAGACGUCGCACGGACGCCAAAGCAGGCUGAGCCCGUGAUGCCCGGUUCGUGGGACUCGCCCGAAGACUCCAACACGGACCUGGCGGAUCUCGCCAAGCGCGGAAAGAGCCUCUUCACCAACUUCACCCGCCGUCUCGGCCUGGACACUCAGGGUGGCGGCAGCGGCAAUAACGGUGGCGGAUCGAAGAUACUGGAGCAGCUCGAGCAGAGCACGGGCCAGACCACCAGGCAACCGGAAUCGUCAACGUCAGGCACCGAUGCCGGCGGCGGCAGCAGCGGCACCAGAUCGCAGCAGAGCGACGACGGACGCGUGACGAGCCCGGCAGCCAUCCAGCAGAACCUGCUCAAGGCCGUCAACGCGACCAGAGCCCACGGGUCGUCGAGCGUCUUCUCCCAGCCAGAGGUCAACCGGGUCAAGGAGCAGGCGACGUACUGCGACCAGACGCCGGCGCAGAACAUCACCCUUGCGGCCGAGGCGUCCAACGGCGUCCAUGUGUACGUGUCGCGCGACAUGAAGGCCGACCCGUCCAACUUCCUCGCGACCAACAUCGGAGCCAUCAACAUGUUCGCCUCGAUCCUCGGCGACGUGGGCGAGAUAUACUCGCUGUCGCGCGACGUGCUGCACAUCUACUACGACGAGACGGGCGGAUCCAUCGCCUUCAACAAGGGCGGCAGCCUUUUCUUCAACCUGCGCUUCUACCUGCAGCUGCAUGCCCAGCACGUCGAGGGCUCCCGUCCACGGGAGGGCAGGGCUGAGGCUGCGACGUGGUGGUGGGUCGUGUUUGCUCACGAGCUGGCUCAUAACCUCGUCACGACACAUAACUCUGAUCACAGUUAUUACACUGAAUCGUUCAUUCAAGAAUACUUUAGCAAGAUGAUGGUCAAGGUGUCGCGGUGGCUCCAGGACAGACCUGCUUCCCAGCAGCAGCAGCAGCAGCAGCAGCGUCAAUCGACACCAUCUGACGGGAGGGGACCGCCGCCUCCAUACUCGACGUCGUUUAGUUGA